UCAUGGUAGAGCGUUCCUUGUGGGUGCACGCGAGUCGCUCCUGUUGAGGCAGGCAGCGAACACCUUGGAUUCCGCCACCUUGCUGGCUGGCACUGGACACAGCACAACUCAUGGCCACUAACUCUGUUAUUCACGUGUCCGUAAAUUAAGUGUUUUUAUGUAAGCUUUAAGUUUAUUAGUGAGUGUUAGCUAUAGUGGUUUUAGAUCUAUCUCCUUUGGAAUUAAACAGCUGAAUGGAAAUAUGCGACAUGAGAAACAAGAUGAUUAUGUGCUAGUGGGUAUUUAACAAUUAUUGCGACAAUGAUAAGACUUUAGGACGUAAAUCGUUCACCAAUCAUGAUUAUAACCUGAAACUAUAUUUAAAAAGUCCCUUUUAUUUGGAGGAGAGUAUGCCAUCCUCCAGUGAGUGUACUUGACUACAUCCACAUGGAGGUGCAGGAAAACAUGACCAUGAGCUCUCAAGUGGAGGAGGGGAUGGAGAUCCACCCAGAGCCCGACCCCCCUUUGGAGGAGAUCAGGAGAAUUCGUGGUUUUCGACGCAGAAUGUCAGAGUCUGCUCGAGAGAUUCCUGGUGAGGGCAUAUCUCGCCUCGCCCGCUUGGGCAAUGGCAUCCGUCGCAGGUUGUCCGGCUCGACGCGCGACGUCUCCACCACAGGGGCAGCCGCCGCAGAUAUGGCUGCCGAAGGCAAAAGUGGUGGUAUUGGCCUUCGAUGCCACCUGUCGGCCUCCAUGAAGGAUCUCCUUCAAGUGGGCAUACUUCGAGGGGAGGGGGAUGGUGAAGGAAUAGGACGGCGACUUUCCCGCCGACUAUCCCUCUUAGCUGGGACAGUGACUACGAGGGCUGACAACACCCGAGGCUCUUUGAGAGCUCGACUUCCUAACCUGCGACGCUCUCGCUCCUUCACUGUGACCGUCAUCCUUCCAGACUCCUCCCACAGGACGGUGAUGGGUGAAAUUCGAACCUUCAAUUUAGCUCAAAUGAUGGACAUGUCUUCUUCUGUAAGUAAAGAAUGA